AUGGGUAAUAUUGCUUCUAUAGGGUUAUCAGCAGCUAUGAUUAUAGGGCCUGUUGUAGGCUAUGUUGACCAAUAUCUUCUUAUUCGACGCCAAAAGUCAAGUAGAGGAUUUAAUCCAGUAACUUGUGGUGUCCUUUUGUUUGCAAAGAUAGGAAAACAGUUUGAUACAACACUUCUUUUACAAUCAAUAGCGAUGGUUCUUGCUAUGCUGGUACUGCUAGAAAUUGUCGUACGAUACAAGCAUGAUCAAAGUUUUGCUGUACUCUAUAGUGAUUUACGUUCUUCCUUCUCUUCUUCUUCAAUAGAACAAGACUUACGGGCUGAAGAAGAAGGCUUUGAUAUAGAACAACGGCAUUCACUAAGAAGAGCUUGGCGUAUGCCUUUUUGGGAAUGGGAUCAUUAUCUAGACUAUGUCAAUUGUCUAUUGAUCUUUACCACUUUGGUUGCACUUUCAUUUUUAAUGUUUAGAAAUAAUUCUGCUUAUAUCGAGAUGAUAGGUGCACUAAGUCUCGGUGUUGAAAGUACAUUACCUUUGCCUCAAUGCAUAUCGAAUUUCAAGCAUAGAUCAACUGCUGGUUUUAGUUUACUUGUCUUGGCUUCUUGGUUUAUUGUGUGUGGUGCUAUUCAACUGUCCAUUGACUCCCUUAUUGUAUUGGAAUGUAUUUUAUUCUCUUCUUUUGUGAAGAACAGAAUCAGUAAGCAUAGUUGGAUUCAUAAACAAGAUGAAGACCAAGAAGAAUUAUUACAAGAAGAUGAUUGA